AUGCGGUCAGAGCAGUGCAUGGUGCAUGUGGUGGUGCAUGCGCUGAGAGUAGUGCAUGUGGUGACAGUAGCGCAUGUGGUGACAGUAGCGCAUGUGGUGACAGUAGUGCAUGUGGUGACAGUAGCGCAUGUGGUGACAGUAGUGCAUGUGGUGACAGUAGCGCAUGUGGUGACAGUAGCGCAUGUGGUGACAGUAGUGCAUGUGGUGACAGUAGCGCAUGUGGUGACAGUAGUGCAUGUGGUGACAGUAGCGCAUCUGGUGACAGUAGCGCAUGUGGUGACAGUAGCGCAUGUGGUGACAGUAGUGCAUGUUGUGACAGUAGCACAUGUGGUGACAGUAGCGCAUGUGGUGACAGUAGUAGACAUAGCGCAUGUGGUGACAGUAGUGCAUGUUGUGACAGUAGCACAUGUGGUGACAGUAGCGCAUGUGGUGACAGUAGCGCAUGUGGUGACAGUAGCGCAUGUGGUGACAGUCGUGCAUGUGGUGACAGUAGCGCAUGUGGUGACAGUAUUGCAUGUGGUGACAGUAGCGCAUGUGGUGACAGUAGCGCAUGUGGUGACAGUAGUGGAUGUGGUGACAGUAGCGCAUGUGGUGACAGUAUUGCAUGUGGUGACAGUAGCCCAUGUGGUGACAGUAUUGCAUGUAGUGACAGUAGUGCAUGUGGUGACAGUAGUGCAUGUAGUGACAGUAGUGCAUGUGGUGACAGUAGUGCAUGUGGUGACAGUAGUGCAUGUGGUGACAGUAGCGCAUGUGGUGACAGUAGUGCAUGUGGUGACAGUAGCGCAUGUGGUGACAGUAGUGCAUGCGGUGACAGUAGCGCAUGUGGUGACAGUAGUGCAUGUGGUGACAGUAGUGCAUGUGGUGACAGUAGCGCAUGUGGUGACAGUAGUGCAUGUGGGGACAGUAGUGCAUGUGGUGACAGCAGUGCAUGUGCUGGAAGGAUGA